UUUUAGUUGUAUAUUACAUGUAUUAUAAUAUUCUCCAGUUUCACGACGCGGUUUAUGUACGACGGACACGACGGUUUUUAAUUUUAUUAUUUUUUUUUUUUUUUACGAUGCGGCUAUAAUAAUAUACAAUUUGCUAUAUUAUGGUAUAAUAUAAUUAUAAUUAUUGGAAUAACUCGCUGUGCCUACCGUUUUCGUAACACAGUGCAAUUCGCACACAGUCUAAGACUAUUAAUAAUAAUAUAAUAUAAUAUACUUAACUUAGAGAAUAUUAUCGUCUUAACGCGCGCGUGUGAUCCGUCUAAAAUGGACGACGCCGCUGCCACUACCGCCAUCAAUGAACCGGAACCUGGAUCACUGUUAAUCGUAUCCGGCAGUAUGAGUGACCGGCAUAAACAUAAACGAAUAUUAUCGCAGAUAUGCGCGAUGGUCGCUCAGAGUUUAUUGAUGUUGGAUUUGGGAAUGAUGAUAGUCGUUCCAACAAUUGUCAUCGGCGCCCUCCAUAACGCAAAAGAGGGCCUUUCGCUGGACGAUUCUCAGUCCUCGUGGAUUGCUAGCAUAAUUUUGAUGUGCCAACCCCUGGGAUGCGUGCUGUCGGGUUGCGUGCAGAGCGUGUUCGGCCGGAAGCGGUGCUUGCUACUUGUGAACGUGCCCCACCUGGCCGCUUGGUACCUACUGUACUCAGCCGAGUCCUCGUGGGUGCUGUACACGGCCUCGGCCACCAUGGGCAUAAGCAUUGGGUUCUUGGAGGGACCCACAAUGGCGUACAUCGGCGAGAUCAGCGAUCCGGACGUCCGGGGCAUACUGUCCACGUUCUCCAGCUCCGCGAUCGUCAUAGGACACCUGCUGGAGUUUGUGCUCGGGUGGAUAUUUCCAUGGAGGACGACAAUGCUCGUAAGCUGCAUGGUGCCCGUGCUCGCCGCCGCGGCCAUAUCGCUGAUCCCCGAAUCACCCGUCUGGUUAUUGACGAAGGGGAGGAGAGACGAGGCGCUGUCGUCGCUGAGAUGGCUCCGGGGGUGGGCUUCUGCCGAAGAGGUGAGUGAAGAAUUUCACGAUCUCGAACUGUACUGUCAGGCGUCCAAAAACGAAUUCAAAAGUUUGUUGGAAGCCAAGAUCAGAAAAUCGUCCGGAUACACCGGCGUACCAGACAGCGAAUUUACCACGAAGAGCGAGCCCAGCGUCAUCGACAUCGUCAGAGACUUUUUGCGUCCCGGAAUCUUAAUACCACUACGGCUGGUCGUGGUCUACUUCUUCUUUUUCCACGCCGCAUCGCUGACGGCCAUGCGACCGUACAUGAUCGAAGUCUUCUCCCGGCUGCAAGUGCCCGUGUCACCGAGCGUACUCACCGUCUUGUCCGCGGCGUUACAGGGCGCUGGAGCAUUGAUAUGCAUUUGUCUGGUGCGGCUGGUCGGAAAAAGAGCUCUGUCAUUGGUCUCCAUGUCGAGUUGUGCGCUGUGCUGCCUGUCGUUGGGCGCCUACACAUACUUCACAACACAGCACCAGUGGUCACCCGUACCGACGAUACCACUGUUGCUGUUUUGCACGCUGUACUUCGCCAUGAACUUGGGCAUCAGUCCCAUACCAUGGUUACUGGUCAGCGAAGUAUUUCCGAACAGAGGACGAGGAGAGGCCAGCGGAGCAUGCGCAGCAUCAUUUUAUAUCAUUGCUUUCCUGGUGUCGAAGACCUGGCUGAAUCUUCAAAGCUCGGUGGAACUAUAUGGAUGCUUUUUCCUGUACGGGAUCCUUGCCGCUAUUGGAAUUGUAUUCGUAUACAAAUGUUUGCCGGAGACUGAAGGCAAAACACUAGCCGAAAUCGAAGAGGAUUUCAUGAAGAAAAACGUUAAAUAAGUUCAAAUAUCAAACACAUCGUAAUAAUAAAAUAACACAUUAUCGUGUGUUGACGUCAAGUGUGUUUACGCUACAGAAGAGGGCACAAGUGUUCUGUAAAUAUAUUUCAAACUUCCCCUAUCAAUAUAAGUAUAAUUAUAUAACAAUAUGUAUUACCACCCAUAACAAAUUUAGUUUAUAAAAUAUUAAAAUGUAAUAUAAUAUUGUAACAUAACAUGUUAUUAUGUUUAUAAUGUUAUUAUUUAUAAGAGUAAUAUUAUUACAGAGUUUUUAUACAACGGUAUUAUCGUAAUAUUAAAAUUAAAUAUACUAUAAUAAAAAUGUAUAUAUA